AUGAGCAAGCCAGCGAGCCGCCUUCUGGCGACAACUAUCCGACAGACUUCACAAUGGCAAGGUAGCAGCAACAUACGCCUGCCGAUCCGCUCAUUCAGCCAGACAUGUCGACGAUUCGCCGAUGAACCUGGCUCAAAUCCUCCCCCAUCCGUGGCAGGCACGCCUUCCGGUGCUCAAACAUCUGCUUCACCAGCUUCCCAAGCACAGCGACGCUCGGCGCCAACACCCGGCUUCAGCAGCCUUUCCGAUCUCAGCGCCUCUCUCGCCGGCUCGCGUCCCUCACGGAUCGGCGGCCAGCAGCUCGCUCAAGAUGCCAUUGCUCGGGCACGCAACCAGCCGACUGCCCAGGAAGUUUUGCUGUCGUCUUCGGAGGAGCUGAUUGACAAGGACAAUUGGUGGCAGCACGAGGAACCCUUCCACUUCCACAUCUACAGCCACAAGCACAACACGCACAUUACAGUCACCAAGCCUGACCGGAACGCCAUCAUCUCUGUCAGCACCGGUAACAUUGGGUUCAAGCGGUCAAAGAGGGGCACCUACGAUGCUGCCUACCAGCUGUCUGCACAUGUGAUAGACAAGCUCAACCAGGGCAACUGGCACAAGAAGAUUCACAAGCUCGAGGUGGUUCUCCGAGGCUUCGGCCAUGGCCGAGAGGCCUCGACAAAGGUGUUGCUAGGAAACGAGGGCAAGUUCUUGAGGCCAAAGAUCGUAGCAGUCAGUGAUGCGACCAGAUUGAAGUUUGGUGGUACCAGGAGUCGCAAGCCCAGACGUCUGGGUUGA